CCGUCAGUCCUCAGUCCGACGAGAAGCGUACAAGCGUUAACAGCUCGCUAUUCCACUCUUACCUUCUUUUCGUGCCUGCCUCUUCGCCAAAAACUUCGCCGUGAAAAACACACCGACCUCGCCGUUCUUCUAUUUUUUUUUUUUUUUUUUUUUUUUAUAUAUACCGGUACGACUGUUUGCGAGCCAUAAAUAAAGAGGAAAAUUCAUCGAAGUGGGACCAGUCGCCGAGUGAACGUGACUGCAACGCCAUCUACGUGGAAGACGGAACAGUAGUGGCGAAGAAGAUCGAAGCAAUCGUGGAAAGUUCGGUGAAAAGUAUCGCGUGAACGUAACUGGAACACAGACGCGUGUAUGUUGGAACGUUUAUUGAAGUUCGUGGUGGCCUGAUGAGACACCGAGGAACGUCAAAAGCGACAGCCUGCGAGGCUGACGAGGCCUGUCGGCCGCGCCUCUGGAUUCCAACGGCGGCGACACACUCAGCGGGCCCGUUCGAUCGUCGGUGAGCGUUCCCUCGGCGAAGAGAGUGUGUAACCUGUCGGUGGAUCGGUACACGUGGUGGUGAGGGGCGACCAGGAGGACGUAGACGCCACUGGUGCACACCGCAUACCACAGGAGGACCUGGCCUGCACGACUGGUAGAGAAAGGAGGGAGAAGAAGAAUUGGUAGGAGGGGAAUUGAAAAAGGUUGGUAAGAGUCCGGGCCUCAGUGUGUCGGAGGAAAGAAAAACGAACGGACCCAAAGGAGGAGAAGGCCAGAUAGAAGAGGAGACACGGCAAGGUAGAGGUAGCUGGUGGGGAAGCCGUCAGAAGGCGGCCAUAAUGGCCUGACGCGAUCUCUCGCGAGCGGCGGCUACAGCUGCUGCAAAGUAGCCGAGAGCGGCUCUCUCUCGUCCACGCACGCGUAUUUUGCAACCCGAGCUGCGUCUUUGGAAAGUGACUGCGUAAUCGCGAGUGGAGUGUAUCACCGGGUGGAGUCCUCCGCAACGUUGUUCCGUGUGCACCUUGCGAUCGCGUGUGUCCUUCGAAUUCUAUCGAAUUCGAUCGAGUCGAAAUAGAAUUACAUUGAUGUUUGAUGAUUCGACGGUUCUGAAUGGUUGCUAACUUCCUCGUCGUCGGCCGUUAUAUUACGUCUCUAUCGAGAUUCCUCUUUUAAGAUACCUCCUCGAUAGAAGAAGACAAUAAAGGACCUAUAGGACAAUAGGAGUUGGAUUGGAUUCAACAAGCUGACCUAUCGAACACGAAAAUGAGAGGCGCCAACCAGGACACGGCGACGCCGUACUGUCGCUGCCGAGUCCUCUACCUAGGUAGCUCGGUGCCCCAUGCGAGCAAGGAGGGUUUGCUCGGAGUUCAGGAACCUUUGAGAGAACUGUAUCCGGAACAGGGUGCCCUGGGAGCACGUGGAUUGGACUCCUGGCUGAGCGUCUGGAGUAACGGCCUGUUGCUGGAGAACGUGGACGAGCACCGCAAGAAGGUCACCAGGUUCUUCCCGAUCGAGGCUCUGCACUACUGCGCGGCAGUGAGGCAUGUUAAAGGCGGAAGUGGCGACGCUUCGAAUACGAGGUUUCUCCCCUUGGACUCUCCCUUCGCUAGAACACCCAGUGCCAAUCAUCCGCCGCUCUUCGCCGCGGUUUUGCGACGAACCACCGGCAUCAAAGUUCUCGAGUGUCACGCGUUCAUAUGCAAACGCGACAUGGCGGCCAACGCCCUGGUCAGGUGUUGCUUUCACGCGUACGCGGACAGCAGCUACGCCAAAGGUCUCGAUCCUUCCACCACGACGACUAACGGAGUCGCCGGUGGACACCCUUCGAACAACAGUCUCUAUCACACCCUCGGUGGCUCUAGUACGACCCUUGACAGUCCUCAAGCGACUCGUUUGGACGCCACUUCGACGGACGACCUCAGUUUGUACAAUGGGGACGAGAAUCACAAGGUCUGGGCCAGAGGUCGAGACGAGGUGGACGGUCUGUAUCAAGAACAAGGCACUCUGAGGAGCACGAAAGGGUCCAGACCUCGUCAAUUGGUCGCUCCGCCUCCUCCGCCGCCUCCACCGCCUCCGCCAUCUCAACCUUUGCUCCUCGAAGAAUCGUCCUCCUCCUCGGUUCGCAGAAAGGCGAACAAGAAGCUGAAAAAGAUCAAAAACCGAUCCGUCCACGAAGAUCCCUUGCAACAGGCUCACCUUCAUCCACAGUUGCAUCAAGGAAUGUACACCAACGGCCACGGACACCACACUCUGGGCCAUCCGGUGAGGCAACAGCACUAUCAUCCUCAUCCUUUGCCACCUAGCAGCCGGUCAGUCGCGGGGACGUUAGCUAGACCAGCGCCAGUGUUGUUAGUGCCCGCUGCAACUUUGCCGAGGAAGGCUCACCACCAUCCUAAAGGGCUCAGACCGAUCCCAGCGGCCGCUCCAAUCGUUCCGGUGUACGCUCCGCUGCCUGUAGUGCCUCCUCCACCGGCUGCGGCCAUCUAUCCAGCUGGAACUUACGGGACAGCCGGGAACAGAGGCAGAAGACAGCAUCCCGAAGCGGAUUCCUCGACUCUGGGCGCAUCCAGAAGGCUAGCCGCCUCUCACGCGGAUCUUACUGCCGCGGAGAUGAACAGAAUCCAGUCCGACAGUCCAGAGAACGAGUCGCGCUUCGGAACUGGAAUCUACCGGAGAAAGGGCCACCUGAAUGAGAGAGCAUUCUCAUACAGCAUCCGGGCGGAGCAUCGUAGCAGAAGUCACGGAAGCUUGGCCUCGCUAGGCUUCAGCGCUCAGAAUGGCAACGCGUUGCCCAAAGAAGAGAAGAAGGACAGAGAAAUUGCUCAGUUGGUGGCUGGUUUGAACCUGGACGACAGUCCCGACAGGCCACAGCCGAUGCCGGUUAACUCGAGGAGCGGUUACUCGCAUCAUCAGCAGCAGAUCCAGCCUCUGCCCAGGCCACGACCUCGUUAGAAACUUCCCUGAAUAUCGAUUCUUCUUGUAAUCGCGAGAGAUUCAUCGAUCAGUCAAGUCUGAAGGUUCAGCAAUCGGCCCGAUACGAAGAUUUGGAUUCUGGUUAACGAAGAUGCGUUGUUGCUUCACGCGUUCGAAACGCGAGGAAAGAAAUUGAUCAGAGACGAGACGACAGUGUGAGAAAAAAAAAAAGAAGAAAAGAAAAAAACAACUUGGACCGAUUGUCCUUCCGUUUAUUGUAUAAGAACGUAAUAUGUGUUGCUCGUUGUUUCGGAGGAGAAGUGUUCCGGUAGAUUGGAAUUCGAGACUCGUUUCCUAGGGUCUAUGGACUGUUAAUCGAGGCACUCGAUUCGCAGGGGAGAAGGUUGAUUCGUGAUUGCAGCGUGGAAAAUCACGAUGGGUGGUCCCGACUGGUUCAGUUGGCUUUCGUUUCUCGGAAGCGGCCUUACCCGAGUAGGAAAAUUACGGACAGGCAAAAAGCUGAAACACCGAGUCUCAUCUUCGCCGCGCUGGUUUCUACCUGUGACCUCGAUAGUCUUAUCUCGAGAGUCGAUCGCCUUUGUCGAAUUAAGAACUUCGAUCGUGGGAUACGUCGAGUAGAAAUCAGUUUCGAACAGAACUGGAUUUUAAAGUAUUUCUCACCUUACAUCUCAUCGACUUUUGUAACAUCCAGAUCCGAUUACUUUUGGUCUUUUCUCUAAGUUCCUUAAAUUGACAAAAAUUUGGAAUUCUUUUUCCGGCGAGCGGUAGAGAUUGAAAAACGCUGAUGCAACAUUUUCGCGACUUUUCUGCCACGAAACGAAGAUUAGACCCAAGAAGAUCGUUCUAAUGGCUAGAGUUCGUUAGAUAAUAAUAUAUGUCUGUAACUAGGCCUUCGUGAAUCCAAAUUUGUUGAAAUUCUAAAACGUAAAAUUCGAAUUUAUAAUUCUCAAAAUAUCAGUUAAAUCAGUUUCUCUUCGAUAAUUUAAUCUGUUUCGUUGUAAUUCUUUAAUUCAUUUGAUCGAGACUUAUUCGUUGGUGGUGAAAAGUUCACCGAGUCCGUGAACUAUUGAAGAACCGUAUCAGACAGUUUUCCUCUAGAAAAGGCAACGCGACGGUUUGAAUUCCCGAACGCAUGAAUUACAGCCGGUUCGCUUCGUGAGAACGUGAACGUUAAUCUUAAUUGCGUGAGAAGAAAUUAUGCGGCACGUAGGAAAAAGAGGCGGGGAUUUCGAGAGUCUUAGGAAAAAGAGGACCUGGCAUUUCACCGCCUUUCUUUUAUUUAAUGCCUCUCAAGAACCACAAAUUAAAAUGCAGGGAAAGAUGUUCUUUUCUAAAUUAGUAUACACAAAAAAUCUUUACACAGCGAACUUAAAGAGUUGAUCAAACUACCUCUGUCAAAAAGACUUGCGCUUAAAAUCUUCCACUUUUUUUUUCACGCGAAAUGACCCGAUAUCAUGAUAACGCAUGAUAAUUACCGAUCGUUUGUACGGAAUUCGCUUUUUAAUUUUUUGUUUUACUUGAAAAUGAAUGGCUCCGUUUUUUCACGAAAAGAAAAAGAAAAGACAAAUGACGAGCGACAAUGAAAGACUAUUUAAUAACCACGGAGACAUCGAGAUUACUUAAGCCUAACAGUUCGACGCGAGUUCGCGUAAUCGCGUGCGGAAUCACGCGCUCAUGUGAACGAAAUCUGGGAAGACGGCAGAUGUAAUCUCGAAUGUAAUGUGCAAUAAUAUCACCCAGCGCAAUAUUACGAAGCUAGCAAACACGUUCCGGACAAUUAACCUGAUGAUGGUAAUUAGAACGCGAUCUAAUCGCGGGGAAAAUUUCGCGGGACCUUUUUUUGUCUUGCUAGUCGUUCUGUUAGGAAAUUGAAAAAUCAUCGAUCCUCACAGUCUCUAAAGGGGAAUAUUAAAAUCAGUUAGAAAAUUUGCCAAGCUUGGAUUUACACUUUAGGUGAUGAUUUCAAAAGUGUAAGCAUUUUCUGUGUCCGUGAAUCAUAAGAAUAGGAAUAUGUAGCGAUCGUUCUUCUAGAGAGAUGAUAAGUAUGAUAAACGUAUGUACAUAGGAUCGAUAAGUCGAUUACAUUUUAAUUAAGAUAAAUGCUUCUCCCACUGAAAAGAUUACACGAAGGAAUUCGAAGCUCAAUUAACUCCAUCGAUAAAGGGCCAAAAAAAAAAAAAAGAAAAGAAAAAGAAGAAAAGAAAUGACUUAAUCAUCUGAAACUUUUAUGACUUAAUUCAGAGACGCGUGUUUGCUCAGGCAUCGAGCAUGCCUGUUUCGAAACUGGUUAUCUCUCGUACGUACGGACGAAUACACCUAUACUCCUACAGUCGCGUAUGCAUAAUGCAUAUAGAUACAUGCAAUUAGACUCGAUCAUUAUCGAUCGUUGAUUGAUGUUAGCUACGCGUGCCACCGCACAUUGAAUUGAAUUUUUCCUCUCGUUCGCCCCGUUUCGAAAAAUAAAUUCCCAUCUAAAUAAAUUCCUGUUUGCCAACCCAUUUCAUUUAGAGUAUUCUAAGCUUACUUCUCUGUUUGUCGAACCAAGAAUUUCUUCCCAGUCUACGAACCAUUCUUUCGUCGAGCCAUUCUUUCUUCAACUUUUCUUCGUUUCGAGGACGUCAAUUGUCUGUACGGUUCGAAGGAAAAACGAUCGUAAAAAUUACAAUGUACAUCUCGGGUUCCUGUCGACGUUGCUUUCUUGCCGGACGAGAUUGCACGCGGAACGAGAAAAAGAACGGCGUAUAAACUUGGUUAAUGAUCGGCAAAAACGGACGUACGCAAAUGAACGGGUAACGUCCGAGCAUUGCCUGGAAGCGUGUCUUUCUAUCGCUCGCGCUUCAUCGAUCGCAUUGAUCGGCUCGGUGAAAAGUGUCGUUUCGGUUUCGUAACGAGUUUCACCGUUCUCGUCACACGUAACUCGCGACGAUCGCAUUGAAAUGAAAAUACAAGAAGAAGAAAAAAAAAAAAAAAAGGAAGCGAGUAAAAAAGGAAUGAAUUGCGUGGUAGUUUCAAGGUAUCGCGAGUGCAAUGGACCGAAUUAUGUCAUUGAAUGUAUAAUUCUUAGAUAUCAAGUCCCACGUGUGUUGCACGGUUUUGCUUAGCGAGGUCAGCGAUACUUUUACAUUUUUUUUUUUUUUUUUUCGAUGUAAUUAAUCACAAGGGUUUAGCAUGAAAUUUUAAGAAAGAACAUAGUUUAUUAAAAUGGUCUUUCAUGGUCGAUAUUUAUCUUGGCGAACGAAAAUAAGCGUAUAAUUGCUUGUCGUAAGCACGUUCGCGGUCAAAAGAGUUUGUGAAACGCUGACCCACUGUACUCUUCGUCUUACGACAUCACGAAAAUUCCUUUCACUUGUUCGCGAAUCGAUUGUUCUCCUGGCGAACCUUUUUUCAACUCUUAACGACGUCGUUGUCUCACACAAAUCGUGCCCAGAUGCCGGCUUGUUAUACCAAUCAAAAUGUUUCGAUAAUUUCUGCGAACCAAAGAAGUACACGGUGGAAACGUCAAUUUCAACUCGACGUUAUGAAAACGAUCUCUCAGUCGCUCUAUUCAUUACAGUAAUAAAAGAAAAAAAAAGAAAGAAAAAUUGGCCAAAUUGGCCAUCAAAAAGGAGUCAGAAAACCGUACAGAAGAAAUUUCAAUUUCAAUUUCGGUUCUAUCCCGAAUGAAAACGGUCUUUCAAUUGCUUUAUUCGCUAUAGAGUAAUAAAAAAAAUUGAUCAAAUUGACCAUCCAAUUUUCCACGCUAAAAUCACAAAUUCUCCCCCUCGACGUCAAAUUGUUAGUUGCGCGAGCAACGAGUGCCGCGAUUUUAUUCGUUUCUCGUUCUGUAAACUUCGAUGGACAACGAUAGACGCUCUAGCAAGCGUUAGCCCGAAUGGUCCAGCAUGGGAAUCAGUGCCAAACGCCAUAAAUCGUCCGACUUUGCAAAAUCGCAAACGCCAUUCGUUUUUUUUCUUUUUUUUUUUUUUUUUUUGCCCCUUUCGGAAACGUCACGUUUCUUUGUUCGUUGUGUGCUGAAUUUAACAGAGGGGGGGAUGUGUGUUCUGGACCUGGAAUGCGAUGGGAAUGACACGCGAGUUUUCGUAAAUUCGCCAAGUCACUAAGGUUAUCAGGUUGGAACGGAAGAACCUCUGCUGAGGUUUGUUCUUCGAGGUUGGCAUAAGCUAAUUUUCAACAGUCUUCUUCUUUUCUGCAGUAUCAAUCUCGUUCUUCAUUCGAAGGUCGAAACUUUUUUUUGAAAAAUAAAAGCAACAUUAUAUUAACAAAACGAAGGGAUGCAGAAAAGUGGUCGACAAGAAUUAGCUGCGCUGUAACUUUACUUUAACUUUAAUACUUUUAUUUCAUUCCAGAGUGAAGUAAAAGUAUUAAGAGGAACGUUAAAAGUGCAUUCAGUUCGUAAAUCUGGCUUCACAGCGAAAUGAUCGAACGAAACCUCGAGAGGACAAAUCUUGGUGAGGCUGCGUUCGACGUCCUUGGUUUUUAAUCACGAUCCGGGACAAGGUUGACAAUUCCGCGAACAGAAAUCAGGGUGGUGUCAUAAAGAAGAGGAGGGACUCGAUUUUCAAGUGAGUUGCAGGUCGGACAAGAGGUGUGCAACUGGAACUUAUUUAUUUAAUCGCAUGUGCCAGAUGAUCGUGUUAGGGAGUCACAUCCAGCGGAUUGUUUUUUCAACGAUCGACGAUAUAUAACUAUUACUUGAAACAAGCCCUUCGAUCCAACAGAUGAUCGUACGGUUAUAUAGCUAUUUGUAGAGCAAAGUUUCCCCUCUUAUAACUCCUUUCUCCAUUAAUUUCACAAUCUUCGAUAAUAAUUGCAUAUUAUGUAACAACAGGUAUCGUGCUUUGCUCUGCAAAUAAUUGCACGUUGAUGUCGAAGGGUCGAAACGAAUCGUUCACGAUCGAGAGUGGUUGCAGUCUCUUAGGAUUUCUCGCUGAUAAUUAUUAUCAUUAACUCUUCGUUUGAUAGAUAAACUCAACACUAACCGUUGUGAAGGAGAGAACGAAACGAGAGGAAUGGCUGUUCAAACGAAGAGUCGAACGAAAAGCGAAGAUUGAACAGCACUCAGAAGCCGAACUGGUCGACUCCGUUUUCUAGAAUUUUUUAAUUUUAGAUAAUAACAACAACAACAACAAUAAAAAUUUGAUUUUAUAUCGUUGAAUUUUUGUGAACAUCGACAGAGUCGACGAGUUUGAUUUCUAAGCGCGAUUCAAUUGUGCGAGAUCUUGGUGAAGCGCGAACGAUUAUUUAUUUAUCGUGGUAUGCGCUCGUUUCGCGGACGUAUACCGUAAUGAAAAUGUAUUUAUCGCACGGCGAACGUGAUGGAGUCUUCUCGCCUUUGGUCGCCCGUACGUCGUGCAAACUUCUCUCGUGACGCUUUUACUUACUGGUACAGUGUCUUUUACUUACAGGUACGUCCUCUUACUUACGUAAGUCUUUAAAUAUCACCGGCGCCAGCUUGCAGAAUAUUCUUUGAAAGUGAGCAAUGAGAAUAUUUUCUCUUUUCUCAAUUAUUUAUCUUUUUACUUUGUUUCAGUCUUUCAUGCAUCUCGCGUACUGUUUUAUUAAAUGUUAAAUGUUAAAUGAAUUUUUUGAAUUUUCGAUUUACUGGAGAACGUGCGUUACAACAUCGUGAUAAGCUUUCUAAAUCAAAUUGUAAGCUGUGGAAAACGAUUUCGAUCGAGAAUCAAAAAGUACUGAGGACGUUUCUCUUUUUUUUCCUUUUUUUUUUUUUUUAACGAUGGCGUACAGGAAAUACCAGAGGCAGAUAAUCGAAGAUCCAUCCUAUCCUCUUGAAUUACUUGUGAACAUGUUAUGUAUAUUGUUACGUGUCGAUUGCCAUGCAAGAUUAAUUAAUAAUAAACUAACAAUGCAACUAAA